AUGGCAUCACUGUUAGAGGUUGUAGUGAUGGUGGCGAUGCCAGUCCUCUUCCUGAUGGGUCUGUCUCUAUCCACCAACAACAGCGGCGGAGUCGAAGCCACAUGGCAAGAAAUAGAUCUCCGAAUUGGUGCUUCCUUCACUAGGUUUCAGAUUAUGCUGUUGAGAUAUGCGUUCAAUCUUAAUUUUGCUACAGAUUAUAGAAAUGUUGUUCUAAAUUAUGGACCUUGUCAGUUUCCCAGUUCCUUGUUGCUGACAUUGACAAUAAUGAUUGUUAGUAAAUAUUGGUGUGAGAAAUUUUAUGAUGCCUACGAGGAUGACGUCAAUGUUUAUGUAGUAAUGGAGUUAUGCAAAGGAGGUGAAUUAUUGGAUAGAAUACUUUCUAGAGGUGGAAAAUACUCGGAAGAAGAUGCAAAGGCUGUCGUGGUACAAAUUCUGAGUGUGGUUGCCUACUGUCAUCUCCAAGCCGUAGUUCACCGUGACCUCAAGCCGGAGUUGAAGCUGGGAGGGAUUUUGACAUUUAUGAGGAUGACUGGGUUUGACCCACGGAAUUUUGAAAUGGCAAGAAUGAAAGGAAACCUCAAUGAGAUUGCUAAUGCUUGUUUCCUCUUCUAG